AUGGGUCUCGGACAGAGCAGCGAGAGACGGAACAGCCGCCAAGGCUCUCUUUUAAUUCGCCCUAGUGUUGUUCGCGUUCCUGGGCAGCAGCAGCAGCAGCAGCAGCAGCUGCCUUUACCUGGUUUGUCAGUACAGAAGACGUUUGUUGUCAAGAACCCGAUUAACCUAAUCAAGUCUUCACUAGCUGCUAAGCUUGUAUGUGGGCGUGUGAUAAUAUCUUUUCGCCUUGACUCGCUGGCUGAGGUGGAGGUUCGGCUUUUCUUCUUCCCGAAUCCCCAGCAGCAUGCACUCAACGGCGAGCCUUCAUGCCUUUUUGCUUCUUCACCCAGAAGAUUUGGUGUGGGGCUGCAGCAAGUGUUUGAAGCCUCUACAGACGAUUCCCCAACUGCUGCUGCUUGCAUCGAGGCUUUAAAGCAAAAAGGCGGAGCAAAUCAGCAGCAAACAGAUGCAUGCGACCUGCUCAUACAGCUCCGCGUUGUCCCCCCUGAGGGGACGCCUGAAACACCUGCUGCUCCGCCUGCAGCAGCAGCAGCACCAGCAGCACCAGCAACAGAAGCAGCAGCACCAGCUGCACCAGGAGCAGCAGCACCAGCAGCAGGAGGAGCAGCACCAGUUGCAGGAGGAGGAGAAGGAGCAGCAGCAGCAGCGCCAGCAGCAACAGCAGCAGCAGAGGGGGUUCGGCAGCAGCUGACUUACGUAGCCUUUGUGCUACAGGAGACAGCAGCAGCAGCAGCAGCAGAAGCAGAAGCAGAAGCAGCAGAGGCAGAAGCACAUGACGCUGGAGCUUUGAAGGAGGAAGACAAAGUUGUCUCCCUCCGUCACAGCAGCAGCAGCAUAACAGCAGCAGCAGCAGCUGCUGCUGCUGCUGCUGCUGAGCAGGACCCAGCAGCUUCUGUUUGGCGUUUGUGCGUCCUGAAGCAAAAAGUUGAGUUGGGAUCUCGUUCAUUUGAGGUUCAGGAAAUAUUUGGGAUAGACGGGGGCGCGGGCUUUGGGCGGCAGCGGCAGAAAUCCAUCGAGUGCAACAACGGAGCAGCAGCAGCAACAGAUGCAGCUGCAGCAGGAGCAGCAAAUGCACAUCCUGUUCGUCUCAAUUCAAACGAGGAGAACCUCUCCGGCAGCAGCAGCAGCAGCAGCAGCAAGAAGAGCAGCAGCAGCAACAGCAGUAGCAGUAACAGCAUCAGCAACAGAAGCAUCAGCAUCAGCAGUAGUAACCGUAGCAGCAACAGCAGCAACAGCAGCAGCAACAGCAGCAACAGCAGCAGUAACAGCAGCAGCAGCAGCAGCAGCAGCAGGGUGCGGAUUGUGUGUUGCUGCGCAGAGAAUGUGUGA